AUGAUCAACUUCCACCCAGGCCAGAGCUGGUCCUCCCAGCCAAACCAGGCAUAUGUCAACAUGGGCACGCCUUCGUUCAGCACGGCAGCUGCUUCAUCCUCUUCCGACCCAACAUCACACACUUCGCAACCCAUCGUCACGGGUACGUCAGUGCUCGGUAUCAAGUACAAGGAUGGAAUCAUGCUGGCCACCGACACACUUGCCUCGUACGGCUCGCUCGCCCGUUUCAUGGACAUCACUCGAAUCUCGCAGUUCGGUCAAAACACGCUGAUCGGCGCUAGCGGUGACAUGAGCGACUGGCAGUACGUCCAGCACAUGCUCAACAAGCUCAUCACAUCCGAAGAUGUCGCUGCCGAUGGACACAACUUGACACCUACCCAGAUCUACGCCUAUCUGGCCCGAGUGAUGUAUCAACGAAGAUCGAAGAUCAACCCUCUGUGGAACUCGUUUGUUCUCGGAGGCGUUGACCCCAAGGAUGGCACGCCAUUCUUAGGCUAUGUGGAUUUGCUCGGCACUACUUUCACCAGCAGCACCAUCGCCACUGGAUUCGGUCUGCACUUGGCCCAACCGCUAUUGCGAAAGAUGGUCGAGGGCAGGGAGGACACUUUGACGGAAGCAGAGGCAAAGGAAAUUCUGGAGAACUGCAUGAAGGUGUUGUUCUACCGUGAUGCGAGAUCUUUGAACAGAUUCCGUAUUGCUAAGGUUACAAGGGAUGGAUGCGAGAUCUCGGAGCCGUACAGCGUUCCCACCUCUUGGGGCUUUGCUGAAAUGCUGCGCGGCUACGGUCCUCAGACUCAAUAG